AUGCCUAUCGUUUACAUCAUCGACGUGGAAAGCGGUAAUCUCCGUUCACUACAAAAUGCCGUCGAAUAUCUCGGCUACGAAACUCGUUUUAUCAAGCACGGUUCUGACCCUGCACUGAAGAAAGCCGAUAAACUCAUUCUUCCUGGAGUGGGAAAUUUCGGUCAUUUUGUAAAGGAAUUGCGUUCCAGAGACUUUUUUGACCCUUUAACCAAGUAUGUGGAAUCUGGAAAGUCUCUAAUGGGAAUUUGUGUCGGCCUUCAGGCUCUUUUCAAGGGCUCUGAAGAGAGUCCUGACGUUGGAGGCCUUAAAUUUAUUGAUUUGAGGCUAAAGAAAUUCAACGACUCUAACAAGUCCGUUCCUCAAAUUGGCUGGAAUUGUCUUGAGGUGCCUGCUUUGAAUGGAAAGAGACAGACCCUUUAUGAUAUGAAGCCUGAUGCUCGAUUCUAUUUCGUUCAUUCCUACGCUGCCAUAGUUAAUGACGACCAGAUAGCCGAAUUAUCAUCGCAAGGAUGGGAUUUGGCCAUUAGUAAAUAUGCUGAUGAAAAAUUCAUAGCUGCUGUAGCCAAGGGAAAUAUCUUUGCAACUCAGUUCCAUCCUGAAAAGUCUGGUGCUGCCGGUUUGAACGUCAUCAAAGCAUUUUUGCAGCAACAAAAAGUCACUUCACUACCGGAAACUCAAUCUCAGAUGCAAGAAUCUUCCUCAAAAGCCAUAGAAGUUACUCCUACGGGCUUGACUCGUCGUAUCAUUGCAUGCUUGGAUGUCAGAACUAACGACCAAGCUGAUUUGGUCGUCACUAAAGGUGACCAAUACGAUGUUAGGGAAAAGAGAGCCGGUGGAGAUGUCAAAAGCCUCGGUAAACCGGUGCAAUUGGCUGAAAAGUACUACCGCCAAGGUGCAGAUGAAGUCACGUUUUUGAAUAUCACCUCCUUCCGUAACUCUCCCAUUAAGGACCAGCCUAUGCUUGAGGUUCUACGACAGGCUGCCAAGACUUGCUUUGUACCUCUGACUGUUGGUGGAGGGAUUAAAACGGUGUUGGAUUCGGAUGGAACGGAAGUCUCCGCUUUAGACAUUGCCACUCUUUAUUUCCGUGCAGGUGCUGACAAGGUCUCUAUAGGUAGUGAUUCCGUUAAGGCAGCCGAGGAAUUCAUUGCCAGCGGAGAACAUGCUACCGGUAAAACGCCUAUCGAGACUAUUUCCAGAGCAUAUGGUAAUCAGGCUGUAGUUAUAUCUGUGGAUCCAAAGAGAUACUACGUUGCAGACCCAGUAAACUUCAAGUAUAACUUGAUUACGACUGCCACCUCGGGUCCUGAUGGAGAGAAGUACUGUUAUUAUCGUGUCACUUCACAAGGUGGCCGAAAAGUUCACGAACUUGGUGCGUACGAGCUCUGUCAGGCUUGUGAAAAGCUUGGUGCAGGUGAAAUCCUACUAAAUUGUAUCGAUAAAGAUGGCACAAAUUCUGGCUAUGACUUUGAGCUUAUCAACCAGAUUAAAUCUGCCGUCAGAAUUCCUGUCAUAGCGUCUUCUGGAGCUGGUAACCCCCAAGAUUUUGUCGACGUGUUCAAGAACACCAAGGCAGAUGCCGCUUUGGGUGCUGGAAUUUUCCACAGAGGUGAAUACACCGUGACACAGGUUAAGCGGUAUAUGAGAGACCAUGGAAUGUUGGUCAGAAUAGACGAAACUCAAAUAUAA